UCACUCAUUCCUAUCACCUACUCCUUCGCUUCAAUUUGAAUUCAUACGAGCAAGCUCUGCUUUCGUCUGGUUUUUUGGACACCAAACUUGAACAAUUCCUUUUCUACUCUCAUGGAUUGUUGGGUCGGCUUUAGAACAAGUGGCAGACGCAGAGAACUCAGAACAGAACUAGACUUUUUAUUCUAUAGGACGAAGCGAGAAUGAGUCUUUAAACUGAUGGUAUAAUGGGUAAACAAAGAUCUCCCAGAAGUCCCCGUCCAGAGUUCCAGAAAGGUGAAAUAGCAUCAGGAAUGAAGGAUAAUUACCAGACUAGAUGUUCAGACAACUGGAGGAGGAUGGCAGGGGGUGAUCAUUGCCGUUGGAAUUCAAAAACGUUGUUGCUUCAUGGGUUGAGAAGUGAUUCUUCAAAGUACGGUUCUUGUAGGGGAAUCUAUGUUGGCAAAAAACAUUUGUGGCUCCAAAAGCACUUGAGGACCAUUCUUGUCAUGUUUGGAUUCAUGAGUUGCCUUCUCUUUCUUGAUUCUCUAAUGGUCUCCUUCUUUGAUUUUGCAAAUCACCAACACGGUGCAGCCAAUAAUAACUCAAGUGGCUUUCAGGAUCGAAUUUCAUACAUCAAUAAGCGACAAUCACCAGUACAGAUGUACGAUCGGCUUCUAAACUUGGCUUCUAGUGCCCUUGCAGAGAGGGAGAUCAAGCAAGAAUCAUCAAAUUUUUGGGCGGAACCAUAUCGGCAGGCAUCUUUAUGGAAACCUUGUGCAGACAGAAAAGUUAUGAGUAAUCAAGGUAUACGGUCCCUUUUUGCUUGUUGUCUGAAACAUCAAGUCUUUUAUCCAGGGAAAUCUGUGAAAACUAAUGGCUAUAUAUUAGCCAGUGCAAAUGGAGGACUUAAUCAACAACGAGUUGCUAUUUGCAAUGCUGUAGCUGUGGCAUAUCUCCUCAACGCAACCCUAGUUAUUCCAAAGUUUCUUUACAGUAAUGUAUGGAAUGAUCCUAGCCAGUUUGGUGACAUAUAUCAGGAGGAUUACUUCAUGAAUAUGAUGAAGGAUGAAAUUAAUAUUGUGAAGGAACUCCCAGCUCAUUUGAAAUCUUUGGAUAUGGAAGCAAUAGGCAGCCAGAUUACAGAUUCAGAUCUUGUGAAGGAAGCAACAGCAAGUGACUACAUUAAAAUUGUGCAUCCUAUUCUUCAAAGAAAUGGAGUUGUUCACUUCCUUGGAUAUGGAAAUCGACUUGGUUUUGAUCCAUUUCCUUCUGAUAUUCAGAGGCUAAGGUGCAAAUGCAACUUCCAUGCUCUGAAGUUUGUGCCAAAAAUUCAAAAAGUUGGUUCAUUGUUGGUCAGAAGGAUUAGGAAAUACAAUGCUGAGAGAAGCAAUUUAGAUAAACAGUUGUUGGGGAAGUUCAUCCAUAACAGUGAAGAUCAUGACGCAGCUAGAGGCUCAACCAAAUACCUUGCGUUGCACUUAAGAUUUGAAGUUGACAUGGUAGCCUAUUCCCUAUGUGAAUUUGGAGGUGGGGAAGAUGAGAGAAGGGAACUUGGAGCCUACAGAGAAACACAUUUCCCUCUUCUUCUUGAGCGAUUGAAGAAAUCACUCCCUAUAUCUCCAACGGAUUUGAGGAAGUUGGGAAGAUGCCCAUUGACACCAGAAGAAGCAGCACUUGUCCUGGCCGGUCUUGGUUUCAAAAGUGGAACUUACAUAUACUUGGCUGGCUCCCAUGUAUAUGGAGGAGACUCAAGGAUGAAUCCCUUCACUAGACUCUAUCCCAACUUAGUCACAAAGGAAAAUCUGCUAUCACCCAGUGAACUAGCACCUUUCAGGAAUUUUUCCUCCCAGCUGGCUGCUCUGGACUUCAUAGCUUGUGCAACUGCUGAUGUAUUUGCCAUGACUGACUCUGGAAGCCAACUUUCGUCAAUGGUAUCUGGAUUUAGGACCUAUUAUGGUGGUGGUCAUGCUCCUACCUUGAGGCCGAACAAGAAGAGGUUGGCGGCCAUUUUGUCGGAGAAUGAUACUAUAGGAUGGAGUACCUUUGAAAACAAAGUAAAGAAGAUGAUUGAGGAAGGUCAGAAGGCAGAUAUGAGGAAAUAUGGCCGGAGCAUUUAUCGACAUCCAAGGUGCCCAGGGUGUAUGUGCAAACACCACCAACCCUUUGCAUCCUGAAACUUUGUAUAUAUGGAGUCUGCUGAGGUUGCAUCUCAUUGGUCUCAUUUCUUAUAUAAAUUAGAUCUUUACCCAAAAGAAAAUUUGAAUUGAUUUUGUUUCAGUGAA